AUUGAGGACUACGAUUCCCGGUAUGCUCCGAGGCCUCUGACGUUAACCCUUCGGUACCCGCAGCCUCCCAGCGCCCCGCCUCCGCCCUUACCUGGAUCUUGCAGGAGAUGGGUGCCCCCAUCGGCACACUGUCCUUUGGCCACCGGACAUCAUGCCUCCCAAGAAGGAUGUUCCUAUGAAGAAACCAGCAGGACCCUCUAUUUCCAAGCCUGCUGCCAAACCAGCAGCAGCGGCCCCUCCAGCCAAGACCAAGGCUGAGCCAGCACCAGCUGUCCCUCCAGCCCCUCAGAAAACCCAGGAACCCCCCAUCGAUCUCUCCAAAGUAGUGAUCGAGUUUAACAAGGAUCAGCUGGAGGAGUUCAAGGAGGCCUUUGAGCUGUUUGAUCGAGUAGGGGAUGGCAAGAUCCUGUAUGGCCAGUGCGGGGACGUGAUGAGGGCCCUGGGCCAGAACCCCACCAACGCCGAGGUGCUCAAAGUCCUGGGGAAUCCCAAGAGUGAUGAGCUGAAGUCCCGGCGUGUUGACUUCGAGACUUUCCUGCCCAUGCUGCAGGCAGUAGCCAAAAACCGGGACCAAGGCACAUAUGAGGACUACCUGGAGGGCCUUCGGGUGUUUGACAAAGAGGGAAACGGCAAAGUCAUGGGAGCAGAGCUCAGACAUGUCCUCACUACCCUGGGAGAGAAGAUGACCGAAGAGGAGGUGGAGACUGUUCUGGCAGGACACGAGGACAGCAAUGGCUGCAUCAACUACGAAGCCUUCCUGAAGCACAUCCUAAGCGUCUGAGCUCUACAGGUAGGGCCCUCUCACUCCGACUGGAGAGAUGCAGUGGGGCCGGACACUGCCCCCCCACCCCCCUUCCCCGGCAGGCGGAAGCACGUUCCUGCCACUAGGAGGCCACCUAUUGUUUCAAAAUAAAGAGACGGUUCCUCCCUUGG